UUGUGGUAAAUAAGAGUUGUAUACGAUAAGCUUGAACUUUGGCUGUUCAGAUUCUUGUUUUUUGUUGCUCUGGAGAUGGUUAUUGGGAAACAUGAUAGAAAAUUUUGGAAUUGAUCAUAAGGGGGUGUGGGAUUAGUGGUAUAUGAUUGAAUAUGCCAAUAAUCAGUCUCUUCUUUCUAAGUCAGCCACUACUACUUGUGGCUCUCUACUUCAAGAAUAGCAGAGUUGAGCAUUUAUUCAAGAAAUUUGCUUGGUCUGCUAAGGGAACUAUCUUUUGAAGUCUAUGUUUCCUUAAUUUGGAGACUGAUGCAUUUUUCUCCUACUUGCCCUCUUGUGUUGGAAAUAUGGGAUGAGAUUGGGGAGAGUGACAGCGAGAGGGACAAAAAGCUUCUUCAAGUUGAGCAGGAAUGCCUCGACAUUUACCGUAGAAAUGUAGAUAAAGAGAGAAAAUACAAAGCUGAGCUGCAUCUGUCAUUAGCUGAGGCUGAUGCAGAAAUUUCCAAACUUGUAUCUGCCCUUGGAGAACAAGUUUCUUUGCCAUUGUCUGGAAAGAUGAAAGGUACCCUGAAGCAGAAAUUGGCUGUUAUUGAUCCCGUGUUAAAAGACAUAAGGACAAAGAAACAUGAAAGGAUUAAGGACUUCUUGAAUAUAGAAACACAGAUAGCAGCAAUUUGUGCAGAAAUAGCAGGAAAUGACACAGUAAUUAGUGCCACAGAUAUUCAAGUAAGUGAACAAGACUUGACCGCUAAGAGAUUGGGAGAACUGAAGUCACAUCUUCAGGAACUUCAGUCUGAAAAGAACCUGCGUUUGCUACGAGUCAACAGCUAUAUGAGCGCAAUUCAUGAGCUUACAGUAGUUAUGUCACUUGAUUUCAAGAAUAUAAUAGCUAAUAUCAAUCCAAGCUUGGCGAAUCAUUUGAAUGUACAAUCAAAGAGCAUAAGCAAUGAAACACUUGCUAGCUUGACAAGUGAAGUCAAUUCACUGAAGCAAUUGAAAAAGCAGCGGCUAGAGAGGCUUCAAGAUCUUGGCAGCUCUCUAAUAGAACUUUGGAACCUCAUGGACAUGCCAAUGGAGGAACAACUGAGGUUUAACCAUGUUACUUCCUUAGUUUCUUCCUCUAUUGAUGAGAUAAGUAGACAAGGAUCCCUUGCCAUUCACAUUGUUGAGCAGGCUGAAGUGGAAGUUGAGCGUUUAAAUGCUCUAAAGACCAGUAAGCUGAGAGAAUUGAUAUUUAAGAGACAAAAUGAGCUCGAGGAAAUCUAUAGGAAUGUUCAUAUGGAUGUAGAUAGCGAGACUGCACGCCAGAUUUUAAUCCAGCUUAUGGAGUCUGGCAGUGAUCUCUCUAAUCUGCUUUCAAGCAUGGAUGAUCAGGUGGUGAAAGCCAAAGAGCAAGCUUCAAGCAGGAAAGAAGUAUUAGAUAAAGUGGAGAAGUGGAAACAUGCUUCUCAAGAGGAAAGUUGGCUUGAUGAGUAUGAAAAGGAUGAUAAUCGUUAUAGUGCUGGGAAAGGUGUUCACAUCAAUUUGAAACGUGCAGAGAAAGCACGGAUUUUGGUCAGCAAAAUACCAUCUCUUGUUGAAAACUUGACUGCCAAGAUAAAGGCCUGGGAGAAGGAAAGAGGAAUGCCAUUUUUAUAUCACAAAGCCCCUCUAUUGCAUACUUUGGAAGAGUAUAUCAUCUCGCGACAGGAAAAACAAGAAGAGAAACGUAGAUCUCGGGAACAAAAGCGGCUCCAAGAUCAAUUUGCUGCAGAACAAGAAACAAUCUAUGGUUCAAAGUCUGCCAAGAAACCUCUGGGUAAUGCUAACACAGUGCCCGGAACUCCAAAUAGUCGACGUAUGUCUACACCUUCAGGUCGUUAUGGUGCGUCCAUAGGGAAGGAAAAGAGAGGGAGCGGUCAUGUAAUACCCGUAAACUACGUAAGCCUUGCAAAGGAUGAUCAGAAAUGUGGAUGACUUUAGGACUGUAACUGUGACUUGUAGAAAGGUAUACAUAUCUGCUGAUCUUGCACAAGCUAAACCCACUGAUCCUCUGAGGUAGUAUAGCAUAUAUUAGAAAAUAAUGGGCAUGAAACUGCACAUAUCAUCCUCUUCAUUUUCUUUACAGCAACUUUUUUAGUAUGUCUGGUAAUAUUUGCCCCAAGAGCCAAACCGUUUUCUACUUUAAUAGCAAAUGCUUGCCUUUUUCCAUGCUUUGGCUAUUGUAUAAUUUGUGGUUGCUAUUGUUCUUGCUUCAAUUGUUUUCAUCACGUUUUUUCAUCAAUGUAUUUGGUAUUACAUA